AUGGGAGACAUCAAUUUCGGAUCUACAGAAAUGAGAUGUGAACUCUCAACAUCUACGGGUCAGAAUUCACCUGCUUGUUCAGCGCAGAGUUCACCAUAUUCCUCUAACAUUAGUGAAUCGGAAAUUGAUAUUUCAUCAUUAUCAAGGCAUUCGUCGUGUUCAUCAUUAAAUCAACAAAAUGCAUUGUCGCUGCCAACAGUAACAACAAAUGCUAUUUCUCCUAACCUACUUUUAAAUGGAGGAUGUCGAAGUGUUUCAAGAACCAAUAAUAAUGGAAGGGUCGAACAAGAUGGUGCAGCACGCAUUCGCCUGUCUUGUGCUCCCGAUAGCGCAAGUGAUGACGAUGUAACUGCAGAAGAUAGUAGUAGUAACAGUUUUGGUGGACAUUUUCGUUUUGAACGACAAAGCACUAUUGAAUCAAGCGGAAUUAAAUGGCGUUCACUCAAUAGUAUUACUGGAAGUGGAAAUGAACCAGAACGAAAAACUUCUCUGCUACGUACUUUCACACCAUCGCCCAGCGUUUCGGGACGAUCAUCACCAGCAUGUCAUCCUGUACCUUCGCAUUCACGUGUUGCAAAUAUACGUCGAGAAAGCAAUUGCUCAAUUGAAAGCGAACUUGCCCAUGAAAGACUAAUGCAAUUCGCUCAGCAGGUGUCUUUGGGAUUCGAUGAUUUUAGUAUCGGUGGUAGUGGAGAACGAAAGAGAACACAUUCCCUGUCGGAACCAAUUUCUGUUUUAACGAAUGCUUUUAUCCCGCACAGUUGUUCACCAUCACCGACACGAUCAGUUGAUAUACAGAAGCAGUGUUAUUCGCCCUCCACGCAACAGGUUGUUCGCAACAACAUCACUUAUUCUCCUAGUCCAAGUCCAACACCGAGUCCUACACGACAUACAAUGCGAAGUCUGAGUCCUAUAGCCGUCCGUCAAGUAAUAAAACGUAGAUAUACCAGUUCAGCUGGUUGUGAAUUGGAUUCUGAUCAACGUGUAGCGAAACGAGUUUGUCAUCAGCCUCACAUUAUAAGUCGUGGUUGUGUUUCUCCACUUGCAUUGGAAAAUUCGGCAAAUUCCUUGGAAUCAGCAGUUAAAUCUCCGGAAUUGGCGAAUCCAUUUUCCUUUCGUUUUCCCCCUCGUCUUCUUGUUGAUCCAGCAAUUGAAGCCAAAAUGCCUCCUCCUUCUAUGGAACUGGACGAAGAUGGCGAUUCAGUCAGUGAACAGAGAACGGGUCCAGAGGAAUCGAGUGAAGCGGGUAAAGCUGCACAGAUGAAAAAAGACGAGUAA